UCCGGCUGAAUAUGGCCGCUUGAAACUCACUCAUGCCAGAUAGAACUCGAUAACUCUUCAUUUUUUUUUAUUAACUAGUCUUUAUUAUCGAAACACGCUUUAGUGAAGAUACCAGUGUAUUUUUCUUCUUUUACCUCGUCUCUGUUGUGGGUUUUUAUCUCGUCUUUCAGGGACUCGAUAGCCGUUGAAGCUAUUAGCGAGCUAACUUCUUCAUAGGGAACAAUGACAGCCACUUCUGCAGGUAGCAGCAGCUGCCUCACGGCGAAAGGACUGGAUAUAAGUCUGGCUGCUUUACAACGACAAGACCCUUACAUCAAUAACAUUGUGGACGUGGCCAGCCAAGUCGCUCUGUAUACUUACAACAACAGGGCGAACGAGUGGGAGAAGACAGAGGUGGAAGGAACCCUUUUUAUCUACACCAGGCUUGCAUCUCCUCGACAUGGCUUCACCAUCAUGAACAGACUCAGUAUUGAGAACCUGACAGAGCCAAUCACUAAAGACCUGGACUUUCAGCUGCAGCACCCAUUCCUGCUCUACCGUAAUGCCCGACUAGUCAUCCAUGGGAUUUGGUUCUAUGAUAAGGAGGACUGUCAGCGCAUUGCCCAGAGGAUGAAGAUUCUGACCCAGCAGGAGCAGGCCCUAGCUCAGUCUCAGGGUGGGUGGUUGUCCCCUGGUGGAGGAGGAGGAGGAGUGGUUGGAGGAGAUGGAGGAGGAGGAGGGAGUGAAGCAAAGGCAGUGGACAUCAUCCAGAUGUUGACCAAAGCUCGCACAGAGUAUGACAAGGGGCAGUCUAAAUCAGAGCCAAAAGAGAUUGGUGGCAGCAGCGUUCUUUCUGGAAACCCAAACCUGAUCAAACCAAUCCCUGUAAAACCAAACGCUCAGGACACUGAAGGUGUUGAACCCAAGCCUCUCUCUCUGGCCACCCUUUUUGGCUCCCAACAGCAGCCUCACCAGCCUUCCAAACCCCAACCAGUCUCUCCUUUAGCCGCCCCUCCCAUUGGGACAGGGUCACCAUCUACAGGAAAACUCACUCGCCCCCCUGUAGCCCGCACGCUUACGUAUGAAGAGACCCUGAACUCUGGCAGAGGUGUCGCCUCCAAAGAAGGGAACGUGGUCUCACCUGGCGCUGUGAUUGGAGGAAAAGCAGUUGUAGAAGAUGGUGGAAAUGUCAUUCAGCAGCAGGAGCAGCCUCAGCACUGCCCGGCCAUCCAGAAGCUCAUGCAGGGACAGAGAGGAGUGCUUCAGACCGUGUCAGAAUCCCCUGAAAACCGUUUGUGUGACAACGGCGUGCCUCUGGAGCAUCACCACCACCAUCAUCAUCUGAUCCACCAUCAUCAGCAGCAUCACCUUCAUCAUCCUCAGCAUCAAAUACAACCUGACCCAAUCAAGAGACUUUUCCAAACUCAGCCACCUCUCCCUCCUUCCUCCACCUCCUUCACCUCAGCUGUCCAACCACCGUGUUGCUCCCACCCUCCUCCUCCGGCUCCUCUACAGCAGAAUCCUCAUCUCUCCCAGCCUGUAAUGGUGGACUCAGUGUCAUGGUCUCAUCUCCAAGGGCAACAGAGUCAGCCACAUUUUGUCAGCUUGCCUAAACCUCAAACGGAGGCGCAGCACAGCAGCCAAUCAGCUUCAGCUGUACAGGGAACAGGCCUGAUUCCACCUCAGGUGACCAAUGACCAAGUCCUCCAACCCCCUCAAGCUCUGUCUUCCCAAAUCCCUGGUGUGGUGUCACCUCACGAGCUACUACAAAAGCUCCAGCUGGUCCAGCAAGAGCAAAACCUUGCCUCCCAUGACCCCCCUCGCCUUGGACCGGGGCUGGCUCCUCGAUUCCUGGGGCCAAGCCAAGUUCAGGGUGCUGGCUCUGUUGUAGCCCCAGUUUUAAACCCAAGCACGGUCACUGCGGGUCAAAAGGCCGCACUGCAGUUUCAGGUCAUUUCCCCACAGCGGAUACCAGCCACUGUAGCACCUGACAUGCUCCUCUCUCCCAGUGUGUUCACCCAGCCAAAAUCUCUAGGUGGGCUGUCAGGAGUUGCCCCUGCAACCCUGUCAAGAACCCCCCUUCAAGAUGAGACCAGAGCCCUGACAAAAAGCCAGCUUCAAUCCACACUGCUGCAUCUAAUCCAGACUGACAGCUCAUUCCUGGACACCAUCUAUGAAGCCUACGUCAGCCGCUGUGCAAAGGACUCCAGCACCAAGUACUGAUGAUCCUUCACACCCUCUGUUUACACACAUGAGCAGAGCAGGCAUGUUCUUACACUUUGGGGUGAACCACUUUCUCCCUGGACUAUCACGCCCACUCAGUGUAUCUUUUCCACCCUGUUGUCUCUCUUCAGUUCAUAUCCAAUUUCUCUGGAGGAAACAAAGACAAUUUUCUAAAUGUACAAAUGUAUUUGUUUCUGUUUAAAAAAUGUUUAAUUUCUAGACAUCUCUGAAAAAAACAAAAAAAGCUCUCUGCUUCUCUGCUAAUGUGGUACAAACUUGCCCUCACCUGUAGUUAAAAGGAAAAUGAAGCCUGUAGCUGAUGAAAAAAACAUGAUCUUUUUCAUGUUUUUGAUUCCGGUAUUAACCUGCACCGUUUUUCCCAUCAAGUGUAGCAGAAUUUUUAUUUAAAUAUUUGUUUUACUUUUUAAUCUGACUUGGCCAUCAAAGACUGGCAACACACUAAUCUUCAAUGAUUUAAAAGAAGUUGAAAACCACAGAUUCAAGGACAAUUUCAACUAAUUUUUAACAUUACAGUCCUCUGAAUGCAAACAGAAGGCAAUUCAGCCAGACCGUUAGAUAACUCACCUGCUUUUUGUUAUGAUGAUUUCACAGUGGAGAUUCCAUUCCCACCAGAUCUCACAGAAAUUUGCACAAUCAAACGUGACUUCAGAAGAAUAACAAAGGAGGGGGAGCAACAUCCUCAGUUGGCUGUCCUAGUGUGUGUUAAAGUUGCAGUGAAAAAACAAAAUGCAAGGAAAAGAAUAGAGGGGAAAUCCUGGCUGAGAGGAAGGCAGAGUUGUGUUUAUGUUUGAUAUUUACAGUUCCAAUAGGGGAAGCUCUGAUGUGACAGGGAGCAGUAAAAUAAAUAAUUGAGUAAUUUGAGUAAUAGAAACAAUAGUUGAGUAAUUUAAUGGUAUCAGAAACUUAGGGUACGAUAAUAGCUUGGUGACAAGUCCACGGUAUGGUAUUAAAAAAACAAAUGAAGACUUGGAAAAAAGUAAUGUCGGCAUUUAUUCUACAACAGUUGCACUUUGAAUAUUACUGUAUGGCAAAAAGUGGUGUUGGUGUGCAUUAGGCUUAAAAUAUCUCCUUAUACUUUGUUUCCAGCUCGUCAUUGUCCACCGCUGAAAAUUACUGUAGAUCUUUGGUCAUACAUUUACAGAUACAUCUUGUGAUCUGUUGAGCCCUCGCACUGUUGUGGUGAAGUGGGAUUGUGAACGCUUCCUUUAGAGUCUUUUUUACCUGGCUGGAUUCUGCUCCUUGCAUCUUUGCUGAUCUUUUCGGGAUGAUGAUUUACCAAGUAGCUCCUUGUGUCUCUCAUAUUCAAGUUUGUAUGUCAAGUGUGACUCUGCAGUCUGUUUGUGCGUCACCUUUUCUCCUUUCUCAUUUCUUGACACCAGGAAAAUCGAAAAUUUUCCGCACAUCAGAUUUGAAAAUCACUGGAGCCCCUGCAGGAUCAUAAACUUUGGUCACACUGGUCUCCCUGUAGACUGACUCUUGCCGCUCAUAGUAUCCACCAUUUUCGUGCUGUCAAUGGGAUUCCCUUCGCUCUCCUUCACUUAAAAAACUACACGUUGUGCCCUAAAGACCUACCGUUUGAAACUGUCACAUCCACAACGACACUGAGGUGCUUCUGCCACUGUGAUACCAGAGCAUUAAUGAUACUGUUUCAGACCAAAGUCCACAAAGGCUUGUUUUUGGAUGGUUCACCGGAUUAUUCUUACCAGAUUUUCCUAUGGUGUGAAAAUGAUUUUAUUGUUCUCAUUCUGCUUGAAAGAUGAUUUGAGCUGCUUUAACUUGACAGCAGGAGCAUGAUUGUGAUGUGGAAUGAAACAACAAUAAAUAAAUCCAUAAGCUGACCAGACUGAAGGAGGAAGCACAACAAACGCAGCCAUGGUGAGGAUGGCAAAAUUGAAGCAUAAAGUUAGAUGGAGGACCGAAAUGUUAAACUGUGGCACGAACAUGUACCACAAUCAAAAUGACCAAGAGGAGCUGGACUGAAAUCGCAUUUGCAAUGGAUGCAGCAGGUAGCUAACAGCUAGCCCCGUUUAGAUUGAUUCCAAGUCACGUUUGAUUGUGUAAGGUUUUGAAUCGUGAGAAGAGACUUCAGUUGUUAGGGUGUGGUAUUCUGUUUGCUCACACUACAUGCUCUAAAAACAAAACAAUGCAAUCUGUCAUUAUUCCUCAUCAUGUAUGAGGGUCUCUCAUGUUUUCAAAAUAGGUGAAGAUUUGACAAAAUAUUUUAGUGUGCCAAGCUUUGCACAAGUCAGCCUCCUGGGUUUGUCUUCCUAGACUCAUAGCAACCCCUGAAGGAUAUGUUAAAACAGACUUCAGACCUACUUCACUCACUAAAUAAAGUGUUAGACAUGUUUUGUUUGGGAAACCACUGAUCUUAACAUGUUACCAGAAUUUGAUUUCAGCACAUGAAUUGUUUAAAUUAAGUUCUUAUUGGUUUGUUUUCUUAAGACAUUUUAUGCAAGUAUCCAAGUUGUUUUUAAUUAUAUCAAACGGAUACUCAGUCUUUUUGUUUCUCAGCACUUUGUAACCUCUAAGAGGGUUUUCUAAGUGUAAUUUGAUUAUAAUCAUCAAGAAUUUAAAUUGGUAUGGUAUCCAUUAAACUUGUGGAAACAAGGAAUAGGUAAUCAGCGCAAUGUCACAAACAGCACGUUCUGAGGUGCGUUUUUACAUUAACUGCGUGAUUUCACGGCUGUAAAUGUUCUAUAACGCAGGCAGAAUUUAUGUUUCCAUUUCUGUUCUUUAAGAAGACAUAAUGAACAACCAUGAAGCACCUUCAAGCUAUUCCUUUCUGCCAAAGCCAUUAUUGUAAAGCAGUUUAUAACAAUAUAUUAUAAUGUAUCACUAUCAAAAGUACGAGUAAAAAAGCAGAAAUCCUAGGCAGUUACGGUGGCAAAUCCAGUUAAAGCAGUGACUCGGUUAAAUGGCGUCAUCAUUAAGCAAAGAAACAUGCUUUUUUCUCUUGACAGGCCUGUUAAAGCCAGUACAAUACGAUACUAUACAAUAAUAUAAUAAAAUAUAGGAGUAGUACAGUUGUUGCACUAUAUGCGCAUCAAGCUCCAGAGUCGGUAUCACUCAUUUCAAAUGGAGUCAGUUGAGAAAAGAAAGCUAAAAUGUGCAAGUGUCAUUGUUUGUUGCUUUGUUUAGCUUCUUUGCCUGACUCAUCUAUAUCUGGACUUCAAUUUGCAAAGAAAAAGCAGCAACAAAAACAGAGAAUACAUAAAGUAUAACAGAGUAUUUUUUUGCUAUUUUUGUACUGAAGAAGCAAAAUGCAUUGUACACAUACAAAUAACCAGCAUGUAAACGUUCCAAUUAGCUUAAACUAUCAACACAAAUGAAGUCUUACACAACAUAUCUGCAGUUAUUUUUAACGCCAUUAGCUUCUUCUGGUUCAACAUGUCAAACUUUUUUUUUUUUAAUUGCCAUAAUAAAUAGUAUAACGACACAGGAAUGUUAAUGGAAAGAUUUUUCAGUUUCUUUGUUUGUCACAGAUGUUUUCCUCUUACAUCAGCUGGAUUACAUUUCAAUUGGAUAUUAAAUGUUC